AUGGAUUUCGCCUCAAAGGUUAGUAGCUUGGAGAAUGCUCAUGUUGCGCUUUUAGAUUUUCAUCGUUCUUAGUCCUCAGCUGGAGGAGGCAAAACUUUGUGACGGAAUUACCGAGCUGCAGUUGCAAAAUUACCUGAUCCCCUUUCUGCCGCUCUCCUUUCUCGUUGACGAUGACUUCAUUGCAGGCUUCUGUCACAGGGGUAACUUGACUAUCCGCUAUUUUCGAGACUCUUGUACUUUAGGCGUUGUGGACAUCAUUCCCCUGGCCCACCACAACGACCUGGAGGUGUUUGUGCGAAAAAGUAUGUUCCCCUUGAUAUGUGCACUUUCCUCCCAUCUCUCCGGCGCCACAGACCGCGGUUUUGUAGGGUCCUCAUUUUUUAGCAAUUAUUUCACUAUGGUUACUUUUAAACCAUCCUGCUGGCUGUGUCCAUCGUGAUUUGGGGUCAUGACGAUUCUUCCAGCCAAAAUGGGCUGUCCUUGCGUCAGGUCUCUCUCCUCUCGGCAGACGGCAUGCUAAGUAUAUUGACUUACAGUGUGCCUCUCAAUAUGGGCUCUGGUGUCAGGCCUAUAACGCGGCCGAUAUUCUUCCUUAUGUAUUGUCUGACCCAACACGGUUUCGUUUUGUUCUAGGGAACUAGUGCGCUUUUAGCAAGGGCGUGGUGGGAGGUAAGCAAGUGCUGGGUCAGCCUCUGCGCCCGAGCUCAUUCGCCGUCAGGACCUAGUCUUACCACUUGAAAAACGAAGGGUGAAAUGAGGCCGAUGUUGCGCACCUCUCUCAUUCUUUGAUUUAAGCGUAAAUUACCACUGCCCAGUGGUUUUUUGUCAUGACAGAUGAGUUAGCAGGUUUACCACGCCGGGGUCGGUCGUCAAAUCUUCCCUCACCCGCCGCCGAUGUACAAUGGUUCAAAGUUUUCAGACUUCUCUAUUUCACCUGUGAACUGCUAAGUAGGCUUAUGUAACGGGCUUAACAAAAAUGCAUCGAAAGUAAUAAAGUUCGCUGGAAAGAUUUCUUAAAACAUUAGCAUUCUCAGCGCUUUGUAGCCGUCGGAUUUUCCUGUGUAUAUUGGUAGUUUUUAGCCCGCGAGACACCAUCAAGACCGAGACGGGGGUUUGAUUUAUGUGUUUCGACACCCUAGAGGGGUUACACGAACCCUGUUGCUUUGGUGUGUUCUGGUGGCCCGAAGUAGGUUUUUUUAUUCUCCUCCUCGUUUUCUUUUCAGAUAUGCUGACUAUAAAUAUGUCCGCAUCCGUGUACUCUGCCUUUGGUUUGGCUGGCGUCAAAUUCAUGUGCAACAACCGCAAAAUGUACCGUAAGUCCCUUCAUCUCCACCCCUUGUUCAACACUUCCUUUAAUUAA